UGUUUGUUGUCAGAGCAUCAACUUCCUACUUGUUUCAUGUAUUCAUGAGCAAUCAUUGAUUUACUGGUGAAUAUUAGUGCAUAUUGCGACCAUGCAGAGUAAAGAGACUGACAGCAGACAGGUAGCUCGGUCAGCUUGUUGGAGGCUCUCGGUGAGCUCUUUCUCCUGCAGCAUCUUGAGUGUUUUCUAGUCUCUUAGCAUUCAGCAGUUUUAGGCUGCAGGCUGCUGGUGUCUUACUGGACUAACCUGCUGUCAAAUAGAGAUUAUCUCUCUGUUGUUAACUUAACAUGCCGCUCGCUCCUGCUAACCAGUCCCAGUUGAUUCGGUCCAGUCAGAAGGAUGAAUAUUAUCAAACCUUCCUGAGAAACAACGCGAACGAAGCUUUCCAAACCCUCGCUGGAUCCAAAAGAUGGCUGGACUGGAGGAGAGAGAUCGAGCUGCUGUCAGACCUUGCAUACUACGGUUUAACAACAUUCUCAGGUAACCAGACCCUGGGCGAGGAGUAUGUCAACAUCGUGCAGGUGGAUCCCACCAAACGUAGAGUCCCCUCUCGGUCCAGACGAGGCCUCUUCGUCCUCUGCCAUUCCUUCUUUCCGUACCUCCUUGACAAGGUCCUAGUGUGCCUGGAGAACGAGCUGGAAUGUGGGCAGGACGGCCGAAGCGGUCUCAGGCAGCGGCGGGCGGCGUCCGGGCUGUGGAGCCUGGAGUCUUGGCUGAGGAGAUGGAUGCAGCGGGCGGUGGGGCUGUUGUCGGAGCCCCAGAGGAAGGCGUGCCAGCCGGCCGUGUUUGUCCUCCAUCAGAGUCUGACCCUCCUGCACCGACUCCACGUGGCUCUGUUCUACAUCAGCGGCUCCUUCUACCACCUGUCCAAGAGGGCGGCUGGUAUCGGCUAUCUGCGUGUGAUGGGGCUCAACAGCGAUGACGUGACCAUCAGGAGCAGCUACAGGUUGUUGGGGGCGCUGUCCCUCCUGCAGCUACUCAUCACCAUGUGUCUGCAGCUUAACAACUUCAGACAGAAACAGAGAGCCAGGCAGGAGUGGAAGCUCUACAGGACUCUCAGUCCUCAGCGCACACACAGAUCUGGACCCAGAGCUGCCAGCUGUAUCCUCUGCCUGGAGGAGAGGAGGCACUCCACCUCCACCCCCUGUGGACACCUCUUCUGCUGGGAAUGCAUCACUGAGUGGUGCAACACCAAGGCAGAGUGCCCCUUGUGUCGGGAGAAGUUCCAGCCCCACAGACUGGUGUACCUGAGGAACUACAGCUAGAUCUGCAGAGCCUGAACCUCCACACAUACAGACACACACACAGACACACACACUGCUGCUGGACUGUGUGCUAGCAGGCUGCCCCUCAGGAACAUGUGGAGACAUAAACAGUGUUUUUCCAGCAGUCACUCAGAACUUUGUUCCAACAUACAUACUGCAGCGUCUUCAGGUACAAACCUUUAUGUUCUUUUCAUUUUUUUUUUCAAAUGAAUUGCCUCUUUUGUUGUUGAACAAAAGUUAUUGAUCGAGAAUAGAAUUUUGGAUUGUAUCAGUCGAAUCUUGUAAAUAUCACUUUUAAUUAAAUUAAAACUUUAACAGAUGCUAAUAAAAUGUGAGAAAUGUCCAAA